AUGGCAGACUUUAAGGCAAGGCGCCAAGAGAAUAUUAAGCAGAAUCAGAUACUUCUCAGUAAACUCAAGAGUCCUGUACCCAAGGUCGAUCCUCAAUCCAAGCCUGCCAGCAAAAGCGGCAAACGUAAGGCCACUUCACCACGCGCGCCAACAAGACAAUCCAGGAGAAUUGCGGAAGCCAGCACGAAACCGAGUUAUGAUGAAGAGCGAGAUGAUGCAUAUGUAUCACAAACAUCCUCCACAAAGGGGAAAAAGAGUCGGACAGUCUACAACAACGCUGUGCAAUCAAAAAAUUCAGAUCCUGAAUCAGAACGUCAAACUCACAAAGACAUCAAAUCCAUUAUAGAGGGGUGGACGAGAUGGAAGCCAGAGGCUAGUGAGCCGACGCUUGAUGCUUCUGGAGUAUUUCAUUUCGAUUCUCAUCCUGACUUCCGGCCCAACAAAUCCCCAGAAGAGAUCAUUCGCGAAGGAAGCUUUGGCGGCUCUUACUGGCGACCUUUAUUCUCAAAGCAUCUGGGUAUUACCGUACAAGACGAUUGGAGAGAACUUCCAUCAUCAUGGGCCGUGGGAUUGAGCGUGGAUGAGUAUCUCAUCAGCGACACGUACAACCCCGAAAUAAACAAAUACGGUGUCGCAUGCGGGCAAAGCAUUGAGGAAUGGGAAGCAGCUGGCUGGAUCGCACAUGAGUACGACGUUCGGGGCUGGUUUCAGUGGUAUUGCCGUUUCUGGAUGGGUCGUCGAUGUCCUGAUGAUGAUCGCCAGAUCAGUCGUUGGAAGAAGUGCGUUGGCGAGACGGGUCGUUGGCGGCGGAUAUUGCUCAAGAAGUACGUGGCUUUGGGGAUACGGACGGUAUUUGCGGAUGAUGGUCGGGACGAAGACGAGGUUGAUGUGAGUCCUGUGGUUCAUCAGACGUGUCAUCACUGGGCAUAUGAGGUUCGACAAGACGCUUUGGAGAGAUUUUGGGCUGAUGGGAGAUAA